AUGACACUCUCUGCGGAGCCUAACGGGUUGAAUGGACAUGCCGUCAAUGGCAAUGGCGUCAAUGGUCAUGAGCCUAGGCCUUUCGUUUUGAAGGAUACACCUGUUGAAAAUCUCCGUCCGCUUCGAGUUAUCGUUGUUGGCGCUGGAUUCUCCGGGAUACUGGCUGCGAUUAGGAUCCCCGAGCGACUGAGAAAUGUGGAAUUGGUGGUGUAUGAGAAGGCGGAUGGUGUUGGGGGAGUGUGGCAUGCGAAUAGAUAUCCCGGGGUGGCCUGUGAUGUUCCUUCAUACUCCUAUCAGUACACCUUCGCCCCAAACCCCAACUGGAGCGCGCUUUAUGCCCCUGGUGGCGAGAUACGGGAGUAUCUUGAAGAUGUAGCUACCCGCUUUGGGGCAAUGAGAUUCAUCAAACUCAGUCAUCGAGUGGAAGGUGGUGAAUGGGAUAACGUGGCCAAAAAAUGGAACGUCAAAGUCCACAAUAUAACAACCGGCGAGACCUUCACCGACAGCGCCAACAUCCUCGUCACAGCCCGCGGCCAGCUCAGCGAACCCUCCUGGCCCUCCAUCCCCGGCCUGGACACCUUCACCGGCAAAAUAAUGCAUUCUGGGGCCUGGGACACGAGCUACGACUUUAGCAACAAACGCAUCGGAGUCAUAGGCAACGGCUCCUCCGCUAUUCAAAUCAUCCCCCAGCUCCAAAAGAUCCCGGGUACCCAGCUGAAAUGCUUCAUGCGCUCGCCAACGUGGAUUUCUCCGGAAUUCGGUGACCAAGGCAUGGCAGAACUCGGCUUCGACCCCAAGCAAAAAUCCACCCUCCGCUCCGACCCUCAACUCUUCCUCAAAUUCCGCAAAGUCUUUGAAGACCUAGGCAACACAAUCCAGUCAACUACCCUCCUCUCCCACCCCGACCAGAUCUCUUCCCAAGCCUUCUUCCACUCGUCCAUGACAGCCAAACUCUCCUCCCGCCCCGAUUUACUCCGGCUCAUAAUCCCCACCUUCGCCCCCGGCUGCCGUCGCGUAACCCCCGGCCCCGGAUUUCUGGAUUCCCUCCUCGAGCCAAACGUAACCGUGAUCCCCUCCCCCAUAACAUCCAUCACCCCCACUGGCAUCGUCACCUCUCCCUCUUCCCACCAUGAAUUCGACGCCAUAAUCUGCGCCACCGGCUUCAACGUCGGCACCGCACCCCCCUUCCCCCUCUUAGGGCGCAACUCCCUCACCCUAUCCCAACACUGGUUCCACCACCCCGAAACCUACCUCUCAAUCACAACCCACAACUUCCCCAACCUCUUCUUCCUCUUCGGCCCCAACUCCGCCAUCGGCUUCGGCUCCCUCACCAAAAUCCUCGAAGCCCUAGUCGACUACCUAACCUCUUACAUCCGCAAGCUCCAAAAAGAAGACUACGCCUCCAUCGAGCCCAAACCCGAACGCGUCGCCGAUUUCGAGUCCUACACCCAGGCGUACUUCAAGAACACGGUCUACAUGGACAAGUGCCAUUCCUGGUACAAGAGGGGGGAUAGGAUCGUCGGUCUCUGGCCGGGGAGCACGCUCCAUGCUUUGGAGACGCUCAGGAGUCCGAGGUGGGAGGACUAUGACUAUGAGGGGUUGGAAGAUGGGAAUAAUAGACUGGGGUGGUUGGGGAAUGGGUGGAGUGUGACCCAGACUGUAACGGAGGAGGGGAAGAGAGGGGGUGAUCCGAGUUGGUAUUUGAAUGAGGAUGAGACUGAGAUCCCCAAAGAGGGGAGGCCGGAGGAGAACGAGAGGUUGGGGAGGAGGCCUUGGAGCUAUUAG